AUGGACGGUGGCAUGGACGGUGGACGAAUGGACGACGAUGACGACGGGAUCGACCGUGGCCAUCCCGUGGGCGAACCCGCAGAGGGUGACGACGGAGCAGACACCGUCGGGGUUAUGUACAGCAAUAACAACUCGGAUGACUCGGUCUCGCUCCUCGGGAAUCCAGAAGAGUACGACGCUCGCGACAGUACUUACUCUGCGUCAUCCGAAAGCACAAAAUCGCACAGCGCUCUAAGCAUGACUUCUUCAAAUGUCUUCGAACUCGUAGAGAGGUUCAAUGGCCUUGAAUACAGCAAAUACAAUUCUCCAACCCACUGGUACUUCGAUGUCCGCCAUCUCGACUUGCAAUCCGGAUCUGGUCAUGUCGAAGAUGUUGAUCUCUUGUUUCUGUGGAAUACCAAUACCGAUUACGUCCAUAUCGAGGGACCGUUCAAAAUCGUCGACAUACCCACCACUGCCGAAGAAGCCGAAACAAUCGUUCGAAUGUUGCUGGUCGCCUUUUCGUCGCCAACUAGAAAUAUGAACCAAUGUUCCUACGUCACCUCGCGCACUCCUCUCGUGCUACCUACGACAUGGGAUACCAAGGAUCCCGGGCUGGCUUCCGCUAUCGAAAGUGAAUUGACCAGGCUCGGAGUGCGCCGGGAGCUUUGCGAGGUGUCUACAGGGACUCUGAGGAAGCUCGGGCUCUGGCGAAUCGACUCGUCCUCUAUUUCCCAACGGAAAUCGAAGCUCUGA